CAUUCGCAUUGAUUCGCAUUUGUGAGUCGCAACGAAACAACACUCAGUGCAACCGCGGCAAGCAGCUGAUGCGGUUUAACUUGACUGAUUAUUUUUUUUUAUAAAUUAUCAAAUUGAACCAUACACAAAUUUAUUUACUCAACAAAUAAUUUAUCAAUUUAUUAAUUAAAUACUAGUGUCUCUGUGUUUUUAAAUUUUUUUUUUAAAAAACACUUGUUCAUAAUUUAAAUACCCAAGUGUCCUUUAAUUUUUCAAAGUGAAUUACAAAUAAAUAAAUAAAUACAUUUAAAAGUGUUGAAAAAUAAGUGAAUUGAUAAAGUUUUCUUUUUAAAUAAAUUUCAUGUGAAAAAUAUUUUUUUUCUUUAAUAAAACAAUCAAGUGAACGAAAGGAAAUUUUUAAAAUAAAAUAUAUCUGUGCGUUGUUUGGUGCGACUUUAUCUUAAAACGCGCAUGUCUAAAUAUUUUUUAAUAUUAAAAAAAAAUAUAUAUAUGAUAAUAAUAAAAUAUACGGAAUAAUCAUGACGUUUUAUAGUAAAAAAAAUAAUAUGUUUUUCAUUGUGAGAUCAUUAAUUUUGGCACUUAUUUGCAUGACGAUUUUGCAAUGUUGUGAUGCUGCAGAAAGAUUCAUCAAUGGAGAUCGUCAGACUUGUGAUAUUGAGGGUGAAGUUAUUGUUGUAAAAGCAGAUUUAAAUCCCAACUGUUACAGUUGCAUUUGCAAGAAUGGAUUCGUCGAGUGUUUACACAAACAUCAUUGUUCAAGUGUCGAGGGAUGUUACGAUUUAUUGGAUGGAAAAACAGAUCAUUGCUGUCAAACAUGCAGAGGAUGUUUUAAAAAUGGUAUUGAGUAUGAAUCUGGUGCCGAGUGGACAGAGCCAGAUGAUCCAUGCCGAGUGUACUCAUGUAAAGCUGGUAUAAUAACUGAAUCAGAGCAACAUUGUUAUACACCAUGUGCAAAUCCAUUGGCUCCACCACCCGGACAAUGUUGUCCAGUAUGUCAUGGUUGUUUUGUUAAUGGACAAAAAGUUACAGCUGAUAGAUCAGUAACAACUGCUGAGGAUCCAUGUGUAACAUGUAAAUGUAAUGGAAGUCGUUUGACAUGUUCAAAACAAGCAUGUCCAGUGCUAUCAUGUCCAUUUGAGAAACGAGUUAAUGUAUCUAGUGAAUGUUGUCCACAUUGUAUUGGUAAAGGAAGUUAUUUUGCUCCACCAAAAGGUGCUUGUCUUAUUGGUGGAUCAAUCCAUAAUUCAGGUACACAAUUUUCAAUUGAUGAUGACACACGUUGUUUAUGUAUUGCUGGUUCAGUGUCAUGUGUCAGAGAAACUUGUCCAGCACUUGAAUGUCCACUUGAAUCACAAAUGGAAAUACCUGGACGUCGUUGCAAACAAUGUCCAGUUAUUGAAGAAUCACGUGCAUCAUGUACAUAUUCUGGUAAAACAUAUGAGGAUGGACAAACUUGGAAUUUGGAUUCAUGUAAAGCUUGUGAAUGUAAACAAGGAAAAGUAUUAUGUGCAAUGCCAAUGUGUCCACCAGUACCAUCACCAUGUCCAGCAAACACAAGACUUGAACAUCCAAAAGGACAAUGUUGUCCUCGUUGUAGCGAAGUUGAUGGUAUUUGUACUGUAUUUGGUGACCCACAUUACAAAACAUUUGAUGGUAAAUUUUUUAGCUUCAAAGGAGCUUGUAAAUAUCAACUUGUUAAUGAUUGUGCUGGUCGUUCAUUCAGUAUACGUGUUACGAAUGAUGCUCGAUCAACAAAAUCAUCAUCAUGGACAAAAACAAUUGCACUAAAGAUGGACGGUGUUAAAUUAAAUCUUGGACAAAAAAUGCGUAUUAAAAUAAAUGGAAGUAGAGUUAGCAUACCAUACAGUAUACCAAAUCUCUUAGAUAUAAAUAAAACAGAUGACAGUGUACUUGUUACAACACAUCUUGGUAUUAAAAUAUUAUGGGAUGGUAUUAGUUUUAUUGAAGUAACAGCACCAACAGCAUAUCGUGGUCGUCUUUGUGGUUUAUGUGGUAAUUUUAAUUUACAAACAAAAGAUGAUUUCACAUCAAGAAGAGGACAGCUACUAACUGAUGCAAAUUUAUUUGGUAAAUCAUGGACUGUUGGAUCAAAAAAAAUGUGCUCAAAAAUUAAACAAUUGGAUGAUAAUGAUAAUGAUAAUAAACAGUGUCGACGUAAAAAAGAUCAAAGAUUAUGUAAUCGUUUAAAAUCAUCAAUAUUUUCAGCGUGUCAUAAAAAAGUUAAUACAGCCAUGUAUUAUAAAUCUUGUCUUCAAGACACGUGUGAAUGUCCAAAUGGUAAUUGUCACUGUCAAUCAUUCGUUGCAUAUGUGCACGAGUGCAACAGACUUGGUAUUAAAUUACCUGAUUGGAGAUCUUCAACGAAAUGUCAUACUGUUUGGGACAUGCAUGCACUAGCAACAAAACGAAUCAACUAACAAACAGUAUAUUUAACAAGUUUUUUUAUUUAUAAGGACUUGCAAUUUACAAGAAAAAAACAAACAGUGUUUUUUAAAUUUAAAAUACUGUUAGCUAUUAUUGUAAAUAGACAGAGAAAAAAAAAAAAAAAAAAAAAACAUUUUAAAUUCACUGGAAAUAAAAUUUUUAAUGAUUUUAUAUUCUACUAGUCAUAGAUUUUUUUUUUUUUUUUUUUUUUUUUUUAAAUAUAAUAAUUAUUGAGCUCUUUUAAAUGCGAUAAUUUUAAGGUUUUUUUUUUUUCUUUAGUUCAGUACUAAUUGACAAUUUUUAAAAAGAGCUUCAUGACCUAAAUUAGUUUAAUAUAUUUUCAUGUAUUUAUUUAGAAAAUUUUGUUUAAAUAAUCAUUGUUUUAAGUAAUUAUUAUUGGAAAUUUAAAGCGUAGAAUUUUAUAUGAUAAAAUGUAAUGAUUUUUUUUUUUUAUCUUGAGAUUUUCGUGAUACCAGUGAGUUGAAACAAAAAAAAAAAAAAAAAACUAUUAGUUUUUAUUAUUUGAUAUGAUAAAGAGUGCCAAGAUUAUUUUACAGAUAAAAAUUAUAGAUAAAGAAAAUAUUUUUGGCAUAAAUUUAAUUUUGAUAAAAAUGUAUUUUUUUUUUUUUAAUUUUUUUAAUUGUUUAAUUUGAUGAGCACCGAGCAGUAUUUCAGCCGAUGAGCAGGCUCGCGGCAUCUAUCCCACAAACUCGAUUUGUUUAUAAAAAAAAAAUUAAAAAUAUUUGUUCAUUAUUAUAAAUAGCC